AUGCAGAUCAAUCUGCAUCAUUGCAAGGCCGCUGCCGACGAACUACUCCUGUCCCUCACGAACUCGGAAGUGGACAUUGCCUUAGUCCAGGAGCCAUAUAUUUAUAAAAAUAUGGUUUCUAGACUAAGGAAUGCCAACUUUGAUAUUUUCGCCGCGUCCAUGGGGGACAAGGUGAGAACAUGUAUAGUAGGUAAGAAGAGCUUAAAUCUAAUCUUUCUAUCUAAUUACAGCAAUGGUGACAUGUGCACUGUAAGGCUGGAGCACAAGACGGGGAGGGCCACCCUGCUCUCCUCAGUAUAUAUGCCAUUUGAGGAGAUGGACCCACCAGCCACCUGUGUACGAAAGAUGCUCGAUGAGAUGACGAGCACUUGCAACGUUAUAUUGGGAUGCGACGCAAAUGCUCACCAUUUUCAAUGGGGUAGCAAGGACACAAACAAACGAGGUGAUUCCGUUUUCGAUUUCAUCUUAUCCUAUAACUUACGUAUAUGUAAUAGGGGUAGUGAUCCGACUUUUAAAGUUAGGGAUAGAGAGGAGGUCAUUGACUUAACCCUCUCAAAUCUAGAUGACUCCGUCAUCAGAAAUUGGAGAGUAUCAGAUGAAUGUUCCUUCUCGGAUCAUUUAAAGAUUGACUUAACCCUCUCAAAUCUAGAUAACUCCGUCAUCAGAAAUUGGAGAGUAUCUGAUGAAUGUUCCUUCUCGGAUCAUUUAAAGAUUCUCUUCGAGUACUCUUUUGAUGGAGAUAGACAACAGCCAUAUCGGAAUCCAAGGAGAACAAACUGGGAGAAAUUCACGGAGCUAACGAACUCUCAGCUGACUCUUAACACAAACCUAGGAACAGCUGUGGAAAUCAACGGGGCCGUGAAAAAUCUAACGGAUGUUCUCCUUGGUUGCCAUAAGGAAUACGGUCCGCUUACACACCCUGGGAAGAAAUCUCGGCCAGUGUGGUGGAACAAGGAACUUG